CGAUCAGGCGGCGCGGCGGACAGCCCCGGCGGCGGGGCGGGGGGUGGGGGGAGUUAUAUUGCGGGGUCCUUCCUCGCUCAGCCUGGUUCCUCCUCGGAGCGGAGACGGCAAAUGGCGGACUUCGAUACCUACGACGAUCGGGCCUACAGCAGCUUCGGCGGCGGCAGAGGGUCCCGCGGCAGUGCUGGAGGCCAUGGGUCCCGUAGCCAGAAGGAGCUGCCCACAGAGCCACCCUACACAGCGUAUGUAGGAAAUCUACCUUUUAACACGGUGCAGGGUGACAUAGACGCUAUCUUUAAGGAUCUCAGCAUAAGGAGUGUACGGCUAGUCAGAGACAAAGACACAGACAAGUUUAAAGGAUUCUGCUAUGUAGAAUUCGAUGAAGUGGACUCCCUUAAGGAAGCUCUGACGUAUGACGGUGCACUGUUGGGCGAUCGGUCACUUCGUGUGGAUAUCGCCGAAGGCAGAAAACAAGACAAAGGUGGUUUUGGAUUCAGAAAAGGUGGACCAGAUGACAGAGGCUACAGGGAUGACUUCUUAGGAGGCCGGGGUGGCAGUCGCCCGGGGGACCGGCGAGCAGGCCCGCCCAUGGGGAGUCGCUUCAGGGACGGCCCGCCCCUGCGCGGCCCCAACAUGGAUUUCAGAGAACCUACAGAAGAGGAAAGAGCACAGAGACCGCGGCUCCAGCUUAAACCUCGGACAGUCGCCACACCCCUCAAUCAAGUCGCCAAUCCUAACUCUGCAAUCUUCGGGGGAGCCCGGCCCAGAGAGGAAGUGGUUCAGAAGGAACAAGAAUGAGCUCGGGUUGUGGGGAGGGAGGGCGGGACCUGGGGCGGGGCGCUGAGGAGAGGCGGGGGUGGCCCCCGCAGCUCCCCGGCCACGCCCCGCACCCCACUCCCGGCCCUGGAAGCACGGGGCUUGUGGAUGCAUGUCAGCUGUUGACAAGUGGUUUUUAGUACAUUCUUGGCUUUGCUGUAGCUCUCGUGCCUGUCCCAUGCCUUUUUCUUUUGCUGCUCCCCUGCCGCCCCUUGUCUUCCCGCCAGCACGUGGCUUUCUGGGGGAGUCCAGGGCGGCCCCCCGUGGGCGUGGCUGGGCUAGGUGCUGCUCCUCCACUCCCUGGCUACUUCUCUUUAUUUUGGUUAUUCUGGAUGCCGGCCAGCCUCCUGGCUGCUGGCCGGGGCCCCUCAGUGCCACUCUCCAGACCUGCCUGUGGAGUUGUACUGCUGGGCACCGGAGGGGGCGUUAGCUGUUAGCUAAGGGGAAGGCACUGUGGGGGCUCCUCAUGAUGAGGGGACAGCCAGGAAGAGCGGUGUGGAAAUAGGGGCACCCUGUGCUCCCAGGGCAGUUGUGCCCACGAGGCCUUCCCCAGACCCCGGGUCCCUGCGUGUGCGUCUCCCUUGUGCUUCUCUGUGGCCCUAGCGUAGGUGACAAAGAGAAGUCGGGCUGCUCACCGCCCUGGGCUUCACUCAGUUCAGAACCGCGUCCACUCUGCAGAGCAGGCGAGGUCCGCAGAUGGCUGUAGAGGCUGAGACAGCCUAUGCCUGUGUGUGGUGUGGGCAUUUCCCCAGGACUGGGCCAAGGCAGGAGCUCUGGGACUGGGGACAGGUGGUUAGUCCCCAGCCGCCGGGAGGCGCCGUGGGGGCGGCUGGAGCCGGGGCUGGCCGGGCUGCGGGGCAGGGCAGCGUGUGUAGAUGGUGGCUCCGGCUCUAGCACGGCCCUGGCUUCUCUUUGUUGCAAGGUGUCAGCAGUUUCCAGAACUCCCUCUCCUCUUCCUCCUCUUCCUGUCCCCCCUGCUUCUCCAAUAAGAACCAUUUGUGUAACACCAACACUUAACUUAAGAAAGACAUGCAUUGCGUGGUUGUAAUCAAACCCGAAGCUUUCCGAUGACCUACUUACAUCUUCAAUGUGGAAAAGAUAAAGAACAAGGCAAAUUCAUCCAAACUGCUGGGUGGCCCAAAUGACUUUUAAAUGUCAGAAUGGAAUUCCAAACACUUAACACAGUCAGCUCUAUGACAGAAAGUGAAUCUAUGGAUAUGGUAUUUUGUGAAUGAUCUUUUAAAUAAAGAAAACCUUACGUAAUA